ACGAGCGCUGCAGUUCGAGGCCGUAGGCGUCUUCGACCAAAUGAUCCACCGAGGGAUUGCCGCAAGUCCAGCCGGGAGCCAACUUCAGGCACCGACGAGCCCACCACGAGUGUAAUCAAUAACAACUUUUGGUCAACACCAGGGAUAUCGGGCCCAAAAUGUUACUACGGUAUUUUGUGGGAAACAACCCAACGCGAUGCGUAAACUUUUUUUGCAAAUGGUUCACUCGUUGCAUUUAAACAUGCAAUAGUUUUAAGACAUUCAUUGCAGUUGCCUCACUCUGGUGGUAAAUGGUAGCUGUUUAUACACGCAGCUCUCGGGGUGAUUUUUUUUUCCAACUUGUAGCUGGCGGCUCCAUUCUUUUCUCUUUUAUCCCUCUCAGCAACAUCAGGGCAGCGGUCGAAUCCAAAUCAAAGGCGGUGGCUGACCUGCCCAGGUGGGAUUGGCCGUAAUUACAAAAGUGGUGGGGCGCGCAGGCGACGCGCAGUUAGGAGCUCAAAGCACGGAAUUGUGGCCAUCGACUAGAAACGUGGAAAGCGAAAGAAAGAAAACGGCUUUUUAACAUGGCUAGAAGAGAUCGCCUCACGCUGCUCCAGGUCUGUUUCGUUGUCGCAUGUGUGUUGAGUGCUAACGUUUCUUUGGGAUACGUAUAUAAUCGCCAGAGGAGAUCCGAAGACUGGGACGAGGUGCUGCCAGAUGCGGAGCUCUUUCUUUCAGAUUCCCCCCGGAUUAACACUUCUGGAUCUUGCAAGAACAGAUGCUUUGAGUUGGAUGAAGCAGAACCUCCUAACUGCCGCUGUGAUAAUCUGUGCAAAACAUACAACCGAUGCUGUUCAGAUUUUGAUGAGCACUGCUUAAGAACAGCUCGAGGCUUUGAGUGUACUAAGGAUCGCUGUGGAGAAGUCCGACUGGAACAGAAUGCGUGCCACUGCUCUGAUGACUGUAUGGCAAGAGGAGACUGUUGUACCAACUACCUUGUGGCUUGCAAAGGAGAAAGUCAUUGGGUGGAAGAUGAAUGUGAGGAGAUGAAAUCCCCCGAAUGUCCAGCUGGAUUUGUCCGCCCACCUCUGAUGAUUAUCUCUGUUGAUGGGUUCCGCGCUACUUACAUGAAGAAAGGCAGCAGUGUAAUUCCAAAUAUUGAUAAAUUAAGAUCAUGUGGUACUCAUUCACCAUAUAUGAGGCCUGUGUACCCAACAAAAACUUUUCCUAAUUUAUAUACUCUGGCCACGGGACUCUAUCCAGAGUCGCAUGGGAUCGUUGGAAAUUCAAUGUAUGACCCAGUGUUUAAUGCAACCUUUACACUAAGAGGCCGUGAAAAACUGAAUCACCGAUGGUGGGGAGGGCAACCGAUCUGGGUGACUGCUGAAAAACAAGAUGUGAAGGCUGGUACAUUCUUUUGGCCUGUUGUGAUUCCACUUGAACGUCGUAUCCUGACUAUGCUUCACUGGCUACAUCUCCCUGAUUCUGAAAGGCCCUAUGUGUACGCAUUCCAUUCAGAGCAACCAGAUAUAGUUGGACACAAGCAUGGACCUCUUAGCAGUGAAUUGAUCAACCCUUUGAAAGCAAUAGACCGAGUAAUAGGACAGCUCAUGGAUGGCUUGAAACAGCUGAAACUGCAUCGCUGUGUGAAUGUAAUUCUUGUUGGUGAUCAUGGAAUGGAAGAAGCCAGCUGUGAUAGGACUGAAUAUAUCAGUUCUUUCGUGUCCUAUGUUGAUGACAUUUUUUUGAUACCUGGAUCUUUAGGAAGAAUCCGUGCACGGUACCCUAAUGAUUCAAAAUAUGACCCUAAAGCAAUUGUUGGAGAUCUUUCAUGUAAAAAAUCUGAUCAGCACUUUAAGCCCUAUUUGAAGCAACACCUUCCCAAAAGGCUUCACUAUGCAAAUAACCGAAGAAUUGAAGAAGUCCAUCUCCUUGUUGAGAGGAAAUGGCAUGUUGCAAGGCGACCUGGUGAUGGUGGGAAGCAUCCUGGAAGAUGUGCAUUUUUAGGAGAUCAUGGCUAUGACAACAAAAUUAAUAGUAUGCAGACUAUAUUCCUGGGCUAUGGGCCAUCAUUUAAAUACAAGACAAAAGUUCCAGCUUUUGAAAAUAUAGAAUUAUACAAUGUCAUGUGUGAUCUUCUGGGAAUAACCCCUGCUCCUAACAAUGGCACUCAUGGGAGUUUGAACCACUUAUUGAAAAAUACCUUUUUUAAGCCAACAAUUCCUGAAGAAGUAUCCAAGCCAUCACAUCCUUCUUCAGUCUUCAUACAGUCUGAUUUAGGGUGUUCUUGUGAUGAAAAGAAUAAAGGUGAAGAACUGAACCAACGUUUGAUCAAUAAAGGUUUAGAUGAUGGUAAACAUCUGCUCUAUGGCCGCCCUGCAGUUAUGUUCCGCAUGAAAUACAGUAUUUUGCAUCACAAUGAUUUUGUAAGUGGAUAUAGUGACUCUUUAUCGAUGCCACUGUGGACUUCAUAUACUAUUAAUAAACAGGUAGAGGUUUCCAACAUUCCUGAAUCCCUAAGUAACUGCUUGAGGCCUGAUGUACGUAUACCACCUUCUAGCAGCCAGACUUGUUCAGCCUACAAAGCAGAUAAGCAGAUGUCCUAUGGUUUUCUGUAUCCUCCUCAGUUGGCCUCUUCUUCUGAUGCUAGAUAUGAUGCCUUACUUAUAACUAAUGCUGUUCCAAUGUUUCCUUCAUUUAAAAAAGUGUGGAGUUUCUUCCAAAGGACUCUUCUGAAGAGAUAUGCAACAGAGCGCAAUGGAAUCAAUGUGAUAAGUGGACCAGUCUUUGAUUACGAUUUUGAUGGCCUCCAUGACACUUCAGACAAAAUUAAACAGUUUGUUAGUGGCACAAUUCCUGUUCCAACGCAUUACUACUGCAUUUUAACCAGUUGUCUGGACUUUACUCAGACUGUUGAUAAAUGUGAUGGGCAGCUUAGUGUGUUUUCCUUCAUUCUUCCUCAUAAAUCUGAUAAUGAAGAAAUGUGCAAUAGUUCUGAAGAAGAAUCCAAAUGGGUUGAAGACCUAAUCAAGAUGCAUACGGCAAGAGUGAGAGAUAUUGAAAUCCUUACGGGAUUGGACUUCUAUCGCAAAACUAGCAGAAGUUACACAGAGAUUCUUUCUUUAAAGACUUACUUGCAUACUUAUGAGAGUGAAAUUUAAAUGGCAAAUUCAGUUCCAACCAUCUAACUCACAGGUUUAUAUUUUUAUACUGUGUUGUAUUUAUUAUUUCUAGUCCUAAAGAAAUUCUUUGUUUUAAUCACAUGUAAUAGUUUACUGGUGUGUUGUCAGAUAAGCAUGUAUCAAAUUUAUUAUUUUAUUAGUCUUUAGGCAGUUUUUAUUUUAAGCAAUAUACGAAAUACUGUGGCUUUGAAAGCUCAUAAUCAGAUGGUGCUGCGGACAAAUAACCCCGAGUCCUGUACUGUAUUAAACAAUGAGCUCAUAAAUAUUUCAUUAGUAUUAUUAACUUGCCUAAUGCCAUAUAAACCAGGUAAAUCUCUGAUUGUAUUAAACAGUAUUUUAAUGAACAAAAUGUUGAUUUCUGUACAAAAAUAUCUUUUAAAUAGUGUUUUUAUUUAACAUUUAUUAUGGAUUUCCUAGAGUUCUCUAAAUCUGCCUGUUAAUAUUUGAGGCACUUUAAAAUGUAAUUUUACACUUCCUUAUUUCGCCCAUUACAUAUUUGUUUCAUGUAAGUUUUGUGUUCUGUACACAGGCAGAAAUGAAACUACAAAAAAGUGGUGCUUUAAAAGUCUCAUUUCUUUCAUCUCAUUUCUUUUCUACUGCCCUGGUCUGGUUUGUUGUGGUAGCAAGCUGAGCACAAGGCAGAUCCUUGGAUUCCAGAGACAAUCUUCAGUUCCUGUUGAACUCUUAAGGUGAAGCAGCAAAGCUAAGCCUUCCAUGUUCUGUAUCUGCCACAGAUUCUUCCACAGAGACCCUGACUCCUGCACAGGAAGAUGCCUCACCAUAUGUUCAAACCUUCUUCGGUGGUUAAUCCUGUGGAACAGAGUAUUUGGCCCUGUGCUCUGACAUUCCUGUAGAUUGAACAACGUCUUACCCUAUUAUUACAACUCUGCUCAGUAAAUAGAACAUAGAAGUUUGGCAGCUUAAUAUGUGUGACCCACUAUAUUAAUACAGAUUUUGAUUAUUUCUAUAAGCAUAGUGAAUGAGCUUCAUUUUUGUAUCAUGCUACUAGUGCAGAUUGACAAGCACAGUGCACUGACUGAGAUUGCAUGUCGGAGUCUUCCUUGCCAUUAUGGUGCAUUUGCACAUUGGCAAUUGAUUAAAAAAAAAAAAAAAU